AUGCAUCAUAUUUCUCAAACAAUCGCUGUUUCUGCAACUGAUUGUUGGUUUGGUAAUGUUAUCGCUAGGAGUCUUCUUAUGGAAAGCAAACGUAGCGUGGUCACGAUCCGUUGCUUGGCUCAAGAAACCAAUAAACAUGUCAAGAAACUUGAAUGUAUAGGUGGUGAAAUUCAUAAGAUCGAUUAUGAUCGUCCUGAACAAAUUAGAGACGCUUUACACGGUGUUGAUUUCUUGAUUUUCAGUAGUGAAUCCGAUAAAAACCGUGUUAAAGAAGCUAAAAUCUUGGCUGAUUGUGCUGCUGAUAGGGACGUUUGUAACGCGAUUGUCUUAUCAUUGGAAGGUGCCGAAGAUGGUGAUGGAAAGAUUAUGAACGAAUUUAGAGAAAUUGAAAAGGAUGUGUGCCAGAGAAUUAAGAAUGCUUGUGUGCUCAGAAAUUCUUUCCUUCAACAAUCUUUCUUCCUCUGGUCUCCAAAUAUUGAAAACAAAGGGGAAAUCAAUAUGACUCCUCGUGAAAGUAACGAAUGGGCUCCUAUUAAUAUUGAUGAUAUGAUUUGCGCGGUCGCAUGCUUAAUGUUUCAAGAUCAUAAGGUGGUAACUGAACUCAGCAAAAAACAUCGAGGCAAGGUCUAUUGCUUGUCCGGUCCUGAACUUGUAUCUGGCCGUAAAAUUGCCGAGACAAUCAAUCGUGCCAUUGAAGGUAGAGGUGAUGUUGAAUACCAUUCCGUUAAUCGUCGCCAACUUGAAGAAUACCUUAGCAGCCUUAAUGAAGAUGAUCUUGAUCGUCGCGUCAAAGAUUCUGAGUGUGAUUCUACUGAUGAUACUCUUCUUGAACAACGUGAUGGAAUUUAUUUAAUUCAACGUGGAUUGGCCUUUUUGCACGAGUCUCUGGCUGACUUCUUUAGAAAUACUCAACAAUCUAUGGAAUGUGGAAAGUCUAACUUUAUUGAAGGUGUCCACCGACUUGUUUCGGCAACCGCUUUGUUCGAAGAAGUUAACCGUCAAUCUUCCGUCAGAAAUUAUCAUGGUACUAAUCAAAAUACUCUCGGCUUGCAAGACAGAAUUACUGGACCAGGUCGACGCAGAGACGUUCAAGAAGAAAGAUUUAAUAGGAAUGUUGCUGCCUUUGUUGAUACAAUGAGAGAUAUCAUUAUGAGAUUGAAGAAUAUUGAUAUAGAAAGAUUUGAAUUGGAUACUCAAGAUAGAUUAAUCAUUUUAUCCAACAUUAAAGAUGCCGUUGAAGUUAUCGAAAAUAUUCAAAAGAGUCUUGAUGUCGUUCCAUUCUUACUUGAUGAACGUAAUCGUCAUGAUCGUCAUCCUAGACCUUUCUUACCUUUGUCCAAGUUUGAGAUUGAGUUAGUCCUCGAACAAUUGGAUCAUAUUCGAGAAGGUAAAUCUGAUCACGUUUCUGAUGAUUACAAGAAAAUUACCGGCAAAAAACCUACUCGUGUUAAGUCAUUCUUCGAAGACAAUGCUGAAUCAUUCCGCCCUGGUAAAAAUACCCGACCUCGUCACCCUCGCGAUUCAGACGAUAAAUCUGAUAAUGCCUUAAUGAUGGGUAGACGUAUUAGUAGAUUGUAA